UGUUUUGACUCUGUGUGGCUCAGACACAGUUUAGCAACAGCUCAGCCAACCUGCAUUAUUCAUUCACAAGCGAGUUCGCAAGAUAGGGUUACCCUGAGACAGUAUAGCAGGUGCAUUAAGGUGCUCUUUGCAACAGGGGAUACACACCACUCUCUCACACAGAUACUGUCAGAAUGAUCAUACGAUGACAUCAAAUUAGGAUUAAGUCGCAGUAACCAGAGAGAGUUCCAAAAGGCAGCAGGAGGUCACAAAAGCCCGAGAGGGGGUGUGGAAACGCCACCAACGAGCACUCUCGGACAAAAAGGAUUGCACCCUUGGAGGGCCGAGAUAAACAAGGCUAACAGUUCUUUGCUGAGGGAACGUCCCGACAAAGCCAAGAUGAGGAUUCACCUCAGGACUUACAGGACACAAUGACAAUGGGAUCCACACAAAGGACUAGGCGGUCUCCGUUGCUAGGUCUUUUAUUCUCCGUGUGACCCUGAGAAUUUACUCGCAUGAAUUACAAAGACAAACAAGGAAACGACCCGGAAAUUUAUUUCUUCUGGAUGCUACAUUUGUCAGGAUUCAGGGGACCAAAGGCAAGAACUUUGUGUAACAGGCGGAAGUAAAAUUGUUUCCUUUAUUAUUUAAACUCAAGUGACUUACAAAUGAGUCUUUCUGAUUCUUUUAAAAAGUGUAGAAAGCAAUUAUUCUUUGCUAAGACUUGACAACAUGUACUGAUGGAUGAGCAAAGUAAAUUUCUCAAUCCAGGUUUGAAGGUCAGUGGUUUGUUUUUGGGGUCAGCGUUUUGAGAUGAGAUUACAAUGUGCAAUGUUUCUGGAAUGAAACUUGAUCAAAUUGAAGAAACCCAAAAAUGAUGAGAGGAGGCUGCCCCGACACAAAUCAAUUUAAGCACAGUGUGGUCGCUUGUCAUUACUAGCGGACAUCAUGCCAUCCAAGAAAGCUGAUUCAAAAUCAGUUGCCAAGAAAGGCAAGUCUCAGGAGACAAAGAAGGGAGCAAAGGAUACUAAAAAGGCAGGGAAGGAUGACAAGAAAGGAGCAAAGAAAUUGGAAGAACCAACCAAAGGAAAGGGAAAGGGGAAGGACGGGGGUAAGAAAGGAAAAGGAUCGAAACCUCUCAGUGAGUCAGAAGAGGAAUCUGAGGAGGAAGAAGAGAAGCUGAGGAGUGAGGAAGAGGAUAGUAAUGAGAGUGAAGAAGAGGUGGUUGCCAGGGUGACAGCUCCUCUUGAUAUCGAUAAAGGCAAAGCAGUUGUUAAAAGUGCUUUUAAAAUUACAGGAGUGAAAGGUCCUCCACCUCCCCCAAGUGAUUCACCUUCACUAGAAGAUGAGGAUGAGGUGCAAGACAAUGCAAAGCCAGAAGUUAAGAUGGGGAUGGAUGCGAUCAACCUGAAAAAUACGAGUGAUGUACAAAUCAAGGGUGCCUCCAAAGUCGUGAUGGGUCUUGCUGCAGAGGAACAGAAGAAAAACGUAGUUCUGGGAAAGUCGCAGAAGACAGCAGAUGCCAAGAGUCAUCUCCGAGGGGCCUCUCGGGUUAUCUCCGGCCUCACGGGAAAAGCCUCUCCAUUUAGUUUCCCAACAAAACAAAAGCAGCCAGAGAAAACUCAACCGAAGAGGAGCCUUAAAAGCGCAUCUACUCUUUUCAUGCCUCUCUCGAAGAAAAAGGACAAUCUACCUGCUUCUGGUAAACCACUUCUGAGCACCACCAAACUUUUAAAUGGACUUGGACCUAAAUCCUCUUCUGAAGAGCAAAAACCAGGUCCAUCAGGAUUCCAGCUUUCAAAAGGAUUUGGGCCUAAAAAUACCUCUGAUCAGCAAAAGGCCGGUCUGUCGGGGUCUAACGUUGUCAAUAAAAAAGAGGACAGUCCAGGCAAUUCCGUUUCUCCCAAAAAGACAUUGGACCUAUCCAGUUUAAGAGCAACGGAGAGUAUGGCUAAAGAGGCAAAGGGACUAGGAGCAAAGUUCAAAGGCAUGCUUGGCAAAAAGAAAGUGGGACUAAGGUUCAAGUCAAAAGGAUGGAUGAUGGCGAGGAUAGCUGCUGCCACCAACUGGUUGUUAGGGGGGUUGCCGAGUUCCAAGGGCCGAGGUGGACUGGGUACCUGGGCACGGCGUCAAAGACGAAAACAACUCUCGUUUACAAACAGGAGAAGGUUGGGUAGAACUUACUACAACCACCCUUCCGAUUAUGAUGAGGAUGAAUAUGGAUCUGAUGAAGAUUACCACAACGGGCAACUCGAGGACUAUGAAUACUAUGAUGAUGAUGAUGAGUGGGAAAAUGAGUAUGGUUACUAUGACGAUGAAGGCAACUUUUAUCCCGAUGAUGAGUUUUAUGAUGAUAGUGAUGUGGAUUACUACACGUACCCAUCUGAAGAGUAUGAAGAUGAUGGCAAUGAAGUGGUGGAGUAUUAUUAUGGCGAUGAUGGAAAACUCUAUGCUAUUGUGCAAGAGCCAUUUGGUAACUCUGGCAAUGUCAUGGAGCCUAUGUAUGACCCAUAUCAAUCUGAAUUGUAUGCAGAUUCUUAUUUUGAUCAUAAUAGAGGUUAUGAAAAUGGGUCUGCAGAACAGUUUAGUAUGUUGAAUGGUGGUUACGCAACUCUCCCAGGCUUACCUGUAUAUCAAGAUUCCACGCAAGGAUAUUUAGAUGCUUCUGGAGUUCAUUUUCCUUACCAGCAAUCAUACGAUGUUGGGGUGGCAUUAACAGAUAGAGGAAAUCUUUACAGUCAGGAACAAAUCCCUUUUGCGAAUUCUACGUCUGAGCAGUUCAGGCUCCCUAGGCCUCAGGUUAGAUUAUUUGGAAAGGAAAGACUGGAUGUUGAAACCUUGCCCCCACCACCACCACUUCCUUCUACCCCUAUGUUUUCAACUCCAUCAAUUGGUUUUGACCUGAUAAAUCAUAAUCAGCAGCCCCUUCCCACUUACAUCCCAACACAACACCACUUUCCAAUUGGAAUUAAUCAACAACAAAACCCUAUCAUACCAUAUUCACAAACAGCUGACAUCAUCCAACAUGAGCUCCGGCAACUAAACCAUCCUACUCAACCUCCGCUGACCACUUCUCAUCAUUUGCCAGAAUUUUCUUUACCACAGUUUGCCACCCAGGUGAAUAGACCACCUUACCCUCAAGACCCACCAAUGUUUCAGAUGGAGCAAAUCCCAUCAACAGUCCCUCAUAUACAAACGGAGAACAUUUCUUUGGUGCAUCCACCGUCAUAUCCCCAACUGGCCUCAUCAAAACCAGUGCAUGGAAUCAAACCUCCUCCAUUACAUAGGCCAGCUCUGUCACCAGACCGUUUGGAUUUUCAACUACACAUCCAGCCGGACAACUUCCCCCCUCACUUACACAGAAGAGACUUUACAUACCAAUCUCAAAUUCCAAACCAAAGACCAACUUACCCACAGAGACUACCAAACCCUUAUGCUCCAUUGCAGUUCCAAGGGAGUGGGGUGUCCUUUACUGCUCAGACACCUGUUACAGCUGUGAGGGGUGGAUAUGGGCUUCAAAGGGUUCAGUCCCGAUCACCACUUCAGAGUCCCAUAACUUCACCAAGAGGAUCUCUGAGGAAGAGAAGGGAUCAGCCCCCUGACCUAAGACUUUCUCUCAGACGGCAAACUCGUCCAAAUGCAUCACCUUCUCCGUCCUCCAGAGCACAAAGUAUACAACGCAGAUCCCAAGUAAGGAGAUCACCUCCUCCUCCUCUUCCAUCGGCUUUACCAAGACAAAGAGCUCCUCUAACUGAGCGUGCUCAGUCUCCACAUCAAACUGUUGAGCCUUCCCCCAGCUACGAUCCUCCAUCUCCUUCUCUGUCAGAUAACACCAGACAGCCCCUCCCCAACCGAUCCUCGACUCACAAAUUCAGAGGUGUUUCAGGAAGUCCAAGUCAUGUUACGAUGGAGUCUGUGAAAACCUCUCCAGGUAACGCAUACCCAAGAAGACGAAGUAGACGUAGGGCUCCUGUUACGCAACAUGUAGCGCCAUUCAGGUCUUCUAUUCGCAGUGGCCGAGGCCCUCCCUCUGGACAGAUGAAUGGUGCAGUCGGAGUUCCUAUGCUAGCAAGGAAAGGCUCUCAGUUAAGAGACUCAAAACCUCAAGUGGGCUUCCAAAGACCUAUAGGUAGGGGACAGCCACUGGUACGUAUGCCCAGAACUCAGUCCUCCCCUUCAUUCAGAGCAUCUCCUCCAGGACCUCUAGUGCCUCGGCAACGUUCAUUGAAACAGAGUAGGUUCUCUACUCAGCCAUUCGGGAAUGGACUCCAUAAUGGACUGCAAUCUCACCAACCACUUCGGGAUUUACCUUUAGCAUCUCCUAAGAACCAUGAAUUCUAUUUACACACCUCUCUACCCCAUAGGACCAUGAGUCCCCAAAAUGUAGGAGUGACAUCCUUUCAACCUCCGGUACCUUAUCCGAUACCACCACCAGGUUCUCCGUCAAUCCAGAGUGUGAAACGGUUUGACUACAUAGCUACUGAGCCGGGCACAUCUUCAUUUCCAGCAAACUUGUCUCAGAACAAUAGAGCUAUAGCUAACCCAUUACCGCCGUAUCAACUUCCCUCUUCUCUACCUUAUGCUACCCACCACACACACCAAACACAGCCGGAAUUUUACCCUCAAGGUGAAGCUCAGAAUAGCCAAGAGGUUCUCCAAAAUGCCCCUCUAGGUCAAUCCAAAUCUGUGAUACAGGACCCUAGCCUUCACAGAAUCUCCAACUCCUCUCCCCUUCAGCCCAAUGCCAACCUGGAUGCAACUUUUCUCUCACAAACGCAUUCAGCAGUUCCUGGCACCGCAUCAACCUCAUCACCCCCACGUUUAUCAUCUACUUUGCAUAAUUCCCAGCUACGUAACAAAUCUUUUACUUCACCCCUUCAGCCACAUCUCUCUCCCAUGGCUCAUGCCUCUCCUGCUCAGCAGGCCAACGCAGUUAACUCUUCAGUUCUCUCUGGACUACAGACUGCAAAAAUCCAAGGAUCAAUGUUUAAACUCCCAGCCAAUACCUUAACGAUGCCCCAAAACUCUAUUGAAACUCAAUUUACCAUAAUUGAUGGAGUUGAUACAGCUGGUGGAGAAAAUCAGUCAUCUCCUCUUCCCGUCAAUGCUUCCUAUGAACUACCCGAUGGAACUAUUAUAAACCAAAACGAACCUUUGGAAUCCUCUCCCGUAGAGUCCAUGUCCACCCCCGUGUUGUCCUCUGCCUUACAUAAUCCCCGUUUGCAGCAAGGCACAUAUCGCCUACCUGGUGGCACACUAGGGAACAGUUCAGAGCCCCAAUCCGCAACCGUCCCUGCAUCACCGAUGCUUUCUUCUGCGCUACAUAAUUCAAAAUUUAGGAAACCUACUUACAAACUGCCCGAGGGUACAUCAGUUUUAAAAACGAAGCCAUCAUCAGCGACUGUUACAACCUCCUCUCCUAUGCUCUCUUCUGCACUUGUAAAUGCUAAAACCCUUAAGACCUCUUAUCGACUGCCAAACAGUUCAAUUCAAAUUCAGUCAAGAGAACGGAUGGCGAAUGCUGAAAGUACACCCCAAAUGCAACCGAGUGCGGAGAUGAAUUUUAAUCUUGAUGAGACACAGCUUCCAGAAGAUUCACCACAUAAAAUUCAAGCCUCAACAUCAAUGGCCACUGGACCCGUCCUUUCUGGUGACUUGCUCAACACUAGCAUUCGUGGUGCCUCUUACAGACUCGCAAACCCGUCACUACUGAGGAUGCCUGCUCCUACAGCGGCUCCAUCUGUUGACCUUUCCAGUGCUCUUCGUAACCCGAACAUCAGUCGCUCCACCUACCGGUUGCCAAGCAAUUCUUUGAUGGCCCAACACCAGUCCGACUCUAUGCACAAAACAGUCGACCUGUCCAAUGCUUUGUCCAAAAGCCCUGACAUUCGCAAAGCGGUUGUCCAUCGAUCUGACAGCAAUAACAUGCUUCGAUUAGGUACCCCUACCACCAAACAGACCAACUCUCUAGAUCUUUCUGGUGCCCUGAAGAACCCAGCUCUUCAGGCAGCCUCUUAUCGCCUCCCUUCUACAUGUGCUGUGGUGUCACCCCAUGUCCAGGAUUCUGUUCCUGAAGAGCACUGGGCUCAUAGCUCCGAAGGGAAAGUUCUGGGUCUAGAGCAAGAUAUGGAAGUAUGGGGUGCAGAGAAGGGGUUAUCUCAAGGGACGGUACCAAAUAAGUGGUCUGUGUAUGGCGAUGAGAACCUAAUAGACCAUCAACAUUUGAUGGCUCAGCAAAAGAUGGAGAGUAAACCAGGGGUGUGUAAUCUCAACAGGGAAGGUGAACCCCAGGGUCCAUGGUACGACAAGAUGUACGCAAUCAGAAGCAUACCCUCAGUAGCUCACCAGGACCAACGAGUGGAAGAUGGCGUGGAAGACAUGACACAGCUUGAGGAGAUGCAUGAUGAUGCAGUUCUUCUCAAUGUAAAAAAAAGGUUUGAACGGAAUCUUAUUUAUACCUACAUAGGAAGCAUUCUGGUUUCUGUGAACCCUUAUAAGAUGUAUAACAUCUAUGGGACGGACAUGGUGCUGCAGUACAAGGGUCACGCCCUGGGCGAGAACCCUCCGCAUUUGUUUGCUAUAGCAAACGCUGCUUAUUCCAAAAUGAUGGAUGCCAAACAUAAUCAGGUCAUAAUUAUCAGUGGUGAGAGCGGCUCCGGGAAAACAGAGGCUACCAAACUUGUCCUUCGCUACCUUGUAGCUUUACAUCACGCGCGUAAUUUUCCCCAACAGAUUGAGAUACUCGAGGCUGCUCCUCUGCUGGAGUCGUUUGGAAAUGCCAAAACUGUGCGGAAUGAUAACUCCAGUCGCUUUGGGAAACACAUGGAAGUCUUUAUGGAGGAUGGUGUGAUCAGUGGUGCCAUAACUUCUCAAUAUCUUCUGGAAAAGUCUCGCAUCGUCUUCCAGGCCAAAGAUGAAAGAAACUAUCAUAUCUUCUACGAGAUGCUGGCAGGCCUUCCGUCUCAGCAGAAGGAGACUUUCUAUCUCCAGGAGCCCGAGACUUACUAUUACCUCAAUCAGGGAGGAGAUUGUGGGAUUGCAGGAAAGGAUGAUGGUGAGGACUUCCAGCGUCUGCUUGCUGCCAUGGAGAUCCUCCACUUUACCCAGGACGACCAGUCAGCCAUUUUCAGAAUUUUGUCUUCCAUACUGCACCUGGGCAACGUGUACUUUGAGAUAUAUCAGGCUGACGGCCAAGAGGUGGCGACAGUGGUGAGCGCUCAAGAGAUCAGGGUGGUAGCAGAACUGCUGCAGAUCUCUCCAGAAGGCCUCCAAAAAGCCAUCACUUAUAAAGUCAUGGAGACGAUGCGAGACAAGAUUUACACCCCACUGACUGUGGAAAGCGCUGUAGAUGCCAGAGAUGCUGUUGCCAAGAUCUUGUACUCGCUGCUCUUUCAUUGGCUAACAGAGAGGGUCAACACUCAGGUGUAUCCUCGCCAACACACUCUCUCCAUCUCCAUCCUGGAUAUUUAUGGAUUUGAGGAUCUGGCAUAUAACAGUUUUGAGCAGUUGUGCAUUAAUUAUGCCAACGAGUACCUGCAGUUCUUCUUCAACAAGAUCGUCUUCAGGGAAGAGCAGGAGGAGUACAGCAGGGAGCAAAUUCCAUGGCAGGACAUUCCGUUUAAUGACAACCAAGCCUGCAUUGACCUCAUUGCCGCUAAGCCUCAUGGCAUUCUGAGAAUCCUGGAUGACCAGAGCUGUUUCCCACAGGCAACAGAUCAUACCUUUCUUCAAAAAUGUCACUAUCACCAUGGCAACAACCAAUUGUAUGUGAAGCCAAAGAUGCCCCUUCCCGAGUUCACCAUCAAGCAUUUUGCUGGGCGUGUCACUUAUCAGGUUUACAAGUUCCUUGAUAAAAACUACGACCAGGUCCGUCAAGAUGUCCUGGACUUGUUCAUUAAGAGCAAGAACAAGAUGGUGUCAAACCUCUUCCUUGCUCACGCAGAGCAAAGAGAAGGUCAUAUGAAGAAAAGCAGCACGGUCACCAGGAAAUACCAAGCUUCAACUGUCAGUUGCAAGUUCCAGCAGUCCUUGCUGGAGCUGGUGGACAAGAUGGAGAGGUGCAACCCAUUUUUUGUCCGCUGCAUUAAGCCAAAUAAUACAAAGCACGCAGGUGUGUUUGAAGACGACCUGGUCAAAGGUCAACUGCGACACUCCGGCAUCAUGGAGACCAUCAGGAUCCGUAAGGAAGGCUAUCCUGUCAGGAUGCCAUUCUCCGUCUUCCUAUUCAGAUAUAAAUCCUUGGUGGGAAUCCAACAUCUUCCAUCAGCCGAUGGAGACAACUGUCUGCUGCUGCUCAGUAAAUUGUGUCCUCUCAAACCAGGAGACUCCCAUGUUGGGGUUACCAAGUUAUUUAUGAAGGAGCACGUCUACCAGCUUUUGGAGUGCAAACGAGAGCGCUGCCGCCAGCUCGCUGCACUCACCCUGCAGCGUUACGCUCGGAUGUACUUUGUCCGGAAACGCUACAUGGACCUCCGUGAUGUGAUCAUCAGGCUGCAGGCGCAUUGCAGAGGCUUUCUUAUGAGAAGGCAAUAUGUGAAAAUGAAGGACAGCGUGGUUCGGUUCCGGUCCCUUGUCCAUUUUUAUAUCAGUCGGAAACGAUAUGUCAAGACAAAGUUGAUGGUCCAGCGGAAAGCUGAGGAGGAGAGGAAGAAGCGAGAAAGGGAUCUGCUGAAGAGAGAGGUGGUGAAUGUGACACACUUGGCCAUCCCUGCAGAACUUGGCGUUCUUCUACAAGCAGCGGGAGUCAGGCGAGAGUUGCACUCCGACUGCUUGGCUCUGCUUCAGGCUCCUCAUAUCCAAGAGUCGGCUUCCAAUCAACUCACUCUGCCUCUGGAUAUCAACAACUAUCCUUUCUAUCGUUACGUGCUCAGCUACUUCAGAGAGCCCAAGUUUGGGAUGUUGAGUGCUCCCCUGGAGGCCCCUUUAACCUGCAUUGAGGAGGACCUGAAAGCAGAAGCUCUUCAUCUUUUCAACUUGGUGUUACGAUUCAUGGGGGACCCUCACCUGAACGGCGCGCAGGAGAACAUGUUUGGCAAUUACAUCAUCCAAAGAGGUCUCUCGUCGCCAGGGUUACGGGAUGAGAUCUUGUCUCAGGUGGUCAACCAGGUGUGGCGAAAUGUCAACGUUGACAACGCGGAUCGAGGCUGGCUUCUGUUGCUCGCAUGUGUCUGCAGCUUCGCUCCCUCGUCACAGAUGGACAGAUAUCUUCUCAAAUUUGUUUCUGACCAUGCAGUCAUGGAUUAUCAAGCAUUGCUGCAACAUAGACUCAUCCAAGCCAGUCAGAAGAGGCAGCAGAGUCCAGACCCCGCCCCCGAGACCUCACGGACCUAUCCGCUGUCACUACUGGAGUGGACGGCCAACAGGAAGAAAGCUAACAUGGUGUUACAAGUGCAUUGUUUUGAUGGAUCGUCGUUCCUGUGUCCAGUCCACUCCUGGACCAGCGGCGAGGAUUUAGCGGGAGACAUUCUACACCACAGGGGCGUGUCGGACUGGUGGAGAGGCAGUUCCGUCCUGAUGAAGGAACAAGGCCAAUGGGUGGAAUUAGCAGGUCACGACUAUGUGAUGGACCUGAUUGCAGACCUGGAGCUUCCCAAUGACUUCCCAAAACAUAAGAGCUACUUCAUCAUCAGUACUGACAAGCCCACGAGAGUCCAAGCCAAUGCCAGCCUAACAUUAUUUGGAAGCGGUUUUGAUUCAGAUGAUGAACCUCCGCCUACCAUUCCUCUGGGAGGAGUCAGCAGACCAGCUUACAGCCUCUCUGAAUCUGACGGUUACCAUAGCCACGUGGAUUCCGAUGCAUUCAGUGAUGGUCAAACUCAAAGAGGAAUGGACCGCUACCUGGACAGCCUGUUCGAUCCGGUGCUGUCUGACAGCAAUGUGGACAUGGAAAAAGCUGCAAUUUUGUCAGCAAGACUGAAGGGAGCCGGCGGUAUAGGCUUCCCGGAAGAAGAAACAGGAGAGGGAGAAAGAAAUUUGGUCCCAAGUAGGUUGUAUCCACCUGGAAUACACCCUGGAGCUGUGCCAGUGCUCCCAGUAGCGGGAGGGAUGAUGCCACCUAUCCCUACCAUGCCCAUGCCCUCUCACCACCACCACCAUGAGCAACACCACCGACAACAACAAGAGCAGCAGCCGCAACAAUGCCACCAAUACAAUCGACCCCAACCGACUUCUUCCACUUCCUCUCAUGUAACCCCCAGUCCGACUUCCACUCUUGCUCCAUCUGAAGCCCCUUCUAUUUCCCCUGACCCAGUGAAUACUAUAUUACAUGGCACCAGCGUGCCAGGUUUGGAGUUGCCCCCACUUCCGCCCAUGCCUGUAAUUCCAGGCUUGCCUGUUUUGACAGGAACAGAGCAGACGGUACUGACCCAACAGCAGCAAGCCAUUAUCAACCAGCAAGCCAUCAUUCUGGCCCAGCAGAUGACCAUGCAGGCCAUGGCAAUCCAGCAGCAGAUGAUGUCCUCCUUCCCCGCCUCUCAGUCGCCGCCACGACAUUAUCACACACCGCAGCACUCUCGAACACCAAGCCCAACUAAAGAAAAUCGAGAAGAUUCGCCAUCGAGAUCCAGCUCUCAGCGUAAAAUGAGUCCAACACGGAGCCCCCCUCCAGACGAUGUGGUCCGUGCCAGUGUGAGUAACACUGAACGCAUGGAGCCCAGCCAUGACAUUAAAGACAUCAUCAAACAGCACCAGCCUGCCAGCAUGACUCCCUCCGGACCUUCCAUCAAACGGAAAGAUGAUGGAAAGCUGUUUAUCAAGAAGACAGACCCCCAUGAUGAAGCCUUGGAGAUCCUAAAAGACCAAAUGGUCAAUCCUCCUCAACCAAAGAAGUCUCAGUUUUCCCAUCACAAAGAGGAACGAGAUGGCAAAAUAAGCAAGGCUAAUGAACCAACUGACGCCAACAUGGGUCAUGCUCCUCCUACAGUCUGCAGAGAGUUGCCAGUGGAAAAUGAAGUCAUCCAGACUCAACUCCACAGCAGGACCAGCGAUGACUAUUACACCUACACUAAUGUGCCCUGGAAACUUUACCUGAGGAAGGAGGUGUUUUAUCCUAAAGAGAACCUCAAUGAUCCGUUGAUGUUGGACCUGGUCUUCAGACAGGUAGUACAUGACACAUUCUCUGAGGCCUGCAUUCGCAUCACCCAAGAAGAAAGACAAACGAUGAAAACUCUCUUUGUGGAAAACCAAGUGGAUCAAGUUCCAGGAACUCAUCAUGAGAAUGUGAAGAAAAAGGUGGUUACCAUGGCCAGAGACUCAUGGGAGAUCUACUUCUCUCGUCUUUUCCCAGCUUCUGGCAGCGUUGGGACGGGAGUGCAGGUCCUGUCUGUGUCACAUAAAGGCAUUAAGCUGCUGAAGUUAGUGAGGAGCAGCUCCACCGCUCCGGACUCCUUCAGAGUUCUGAGGCCCUACAGCUACUCGGACAUCCUGUUCGUGUCCGUGCCGUCCAAAAACAUGUUGGAGUUCAAUCUCGCCAAUGAGAAGCUGAUCCUGUUUUCCGCCAGGGCGCAGCAGGUCAAAAGCAUGAUUGACUACUUCCUCACAGAAAUGAAGAAGGAUUCCGAGUAUGUGGUGGCAGUGAGGAACUGCAUCAAUGAGGACAGGAGGCUGCUGAGCUUCCACAAAGGUGACAUCAUCAGACUUCAACGCAUGGAUGGCCUGGAGGCAGGUCAACAAUAUGGCUGCAUUGUAAAGAAAAAGGUGAUGCUGCUGGAAGAACUCAAGAGAGACACCCCUGACUUUGGCUGGCGGUUCGGGGCGGUGUACGGGAUGUCGGGAGCGUUCGCCAGCGAAGAUGUCCGACCUGUAGCUGCUCCGGACUUCCUGCUUCUCCCGACAGAGAGGGCGGAGCCUCGUGACAGACAAGGUCGUGUCGCUGCUUCGGCCGCCGUUGCCGUAGCGUUGGGCUCGGCGGUGGUGGCCCAAGAGCUGGACCGCUCGACAGAAGUAGUGAAGGGCACGCACGUGGAGAGCCAGGAUGAGCAAUUGGAUGAUAUGUCGGAAUAUGGCAGCCAGUACCACAUGAUUGAGUUUGCCAAGAGGUACUUCAGAGAGGCACAAAGGAACAGGAACCAAAAGGGGAGGGUUGGCAGGGAUCCGGCGGAUCUGAUCAAAUUCUCCAAGUCUCCACUCCAAGAGUCUCUGAUUGACUUCUCAGACAGCGGAAUGAACAGAGUAGCUGCUGACAUCUCCUCAGCUGCGAUGAAGUUCAUGGGGGACCUGCCACUCAAAGGUCAGACCGAACAGGACCUUGUGACAAUUCUACUGAAGUUAAGCGCUGAUCACGGCCUGAUGAAAGAUGAAGCCUAUUGCCAGGUGAUGAAGCAAGUCACUGCCAACAACAGCUCCAAACCAGACAGUUGCCAGAGAGGUUGGAGACUCUUGUACAUCUUGACUGCUUUCCAUCGCUGUUCACUUGUUAUGAAGCCAUUCCUCUUCAGCUUUCUACACAACGCCUCUGUCAGCAUCGGAUUGCAGUACCAAGGUAUUGCCAAGGCCUGUGAGCAGAAUCUGAGGAAAACAUUUCAGUACGGAGGACGUGCGCAGUAUCCCAACAACAUAGAACUGAAAGCAAUGAUGGCGGGGCGGAGUUCCAAAAGACAGCUGUUCCUUCUGCCAGGUGGGAUGGAAAGACACUUGAAAAUCAAGACGUGUUCUGUGGCUUUGGAUGCCAUCGAGGAGCUCUGUUAUGAAAUGGACCUUCACAGAGUGGAAGCCUUGGAUGAAUAUGCAAUCUUUUUGGUCACGCACGGAGGUCAGAAUGUUCGACCCCUGAUUAAGAGGGAAUACAUCUUGGAUGUUGCUACAGAAGCGGAACCAGUGGAUGCCAACUACAGUCUUUGGUUCCGAAGAGUCAUAUGGAGCCUUGCCUUGAAACUUGAUAACGAGCUCUACGUUACCAUGCAUUAUAACCAGGUGUUGCCAGAUUACCUGAAGGCUUUGCUGACUGUGGUCCCGCUGAGUAAGGCCAGUGAACAACAUCUACAACAGCUUGCCACACUGGCUGCUCUCCAGCACCGUGCCAAAGACGCCGUCUGUCCGCCCACCACACGUGAGUUGCAGGAGUGUGUCCCCUCACAGUUCUACAGCAAACAGAGUCCGCAGCAGUGGCUCAAUACAACUCAACACAUGCAACAAGUCCAGCCUCUAAACCCACACCAGGCCCGUGCACAAUUCCUUGGUCUGGUCAGCCCCUUCCCCAUGUUCGGCUCUUCCUUCUUCUACAUCCAAAGUUCCAGCUCAGCCACCAUCAAGGCUCCGUGCAUUCUGGCGGUGAAUCUGAAUGGACUUCACUUUCUUAACAGAGACACUCACGAGGCCAUGGUGCAUUUCCCUUUAAAAGAAGUCCAGUCAACUCGCACCCAGAGACCAACGUCCGGCUCAAGUUACCCGUACGUUGACAUAAUGAUUGGAGAUCUGCUCAACCAGCGAAUCAUACAGCUUCAACUAGAGCAGGGUCUGGAGCUGUGUCGAGUGGUUGCCAUGCACAUGGAGAACAUGCUGUCUGCCAGAGAAAAGAGACUCACGUUGCCACCAAGUGAAAUCACCCUGCUAUAGUGUGGCUCAGUCAACAUGAGCUGACGUGGUAAAAAACACCACUCGUUAGUUUCAUGCCACUAAAAUGGACUGUUUCUGUAUCUACCUCUGUUUUCAUAAUGAACUGUUUGUUUUCUACUUGAGAGUAUGAUAUGUGUCGUGAUAGAGUAAUACAAAUCAAAUCGAACUUCGAUGAGUGUUGGAAAAAUUUGCAGUAGUGAAUGACUAAUUUGGAAACAAUCAUUUCGGCACAGAGUCACUUAUUAUUGGACCAUUAACUAAAAAAAUAAUUUGUUCGAUUCGGUGUAUUAAUCAGUCACCACUGUAAAAUCCUUUUCACUGAUUUUAUAAUAGACUAAACAUUUCCUUUAUGUUUUAAAUACUUAUAUUUUGCACUCUACAGUACACACACUUAACACAUGUCAAUGAGUCAAAUGUUGGGUGAUGCGAUGUGAAUCAAAAGUGGAAGUGAGACACUGUCAGGAAGGUUCUUGUCAAAUAUUUGACUCCUCUUUUGGUGGGUUUCCGCUGUCUCAUGGUUGAUUUUUAGGAAAUUGGGAUGAGUAGGACUUCCUUUCUGAGGAAUAAAAAGAUGUGACUCAUGGUGAUUACAGGCAACUGAGUUGAAAUAGCUAUAAUGUGAUCUGUGAGCUCUGCUGUGGUAGCUGCCAACUGAAAUUUCUUGUUUGUCCUUGUAAAGGUGAACAUGAUGUGCAUUCCAAGUGUACUUUAAUAUAACUUUUGCUUUUAUAGUGGGAAAAAUAAGAAGGAUUCUAUUGAUACUCCAAUCCAUCUUUUUUAUUCCCUGCCAUAAAUUCAAGGGGGGGGGGGGGGGGUGUCACAAUAUGCAUGUUUUGGCAAUAUUUGAGAAUUGACUUCAAUAUUUAAUGUGAAAUACAGUUGUAUAUAGUUAUUGCACAAAAUAUACACGUGUAAUCAUUAAAGUUUGUAUCAUGACUGAAUAACUAA